GUGCUGCUGCAGAAUACUUUAAGCUUCAUUAAAAAAAACUUGUGAUAAGAUCAUUCAAAGAAAAUUACAUAAUGUCCACAUUGGACAUCUAUCUUCGGAGACGCCAUUAUGUCAAGAAUGGGUUGUGGUUCACCGAAGACCAUAUUCCAGUACGAAAGCUAUUUCUCACCAACAUUCCGGAAGAUCUGAAGGAGGACACGUUAGUUGAGCAUUUUAAAAGAUUCGGGAAUGUCAUCAGUGUUCAGCACUUCUACAACGCUGGAUUCGUUCUCUUUGCCAAUGCAAGCGAUGCGACCAAAGCUUUGGAAAUGAAGAUUCAUCACGUGAAUGGCCAUAAAAUCGAUGUCAUUGUGGCCGAUAGUUGGUGCCAACCGGAUUUGUAUGGGGCUUCAGAGCCCGUACCUGCCGGCGAUCAGUCAGGGGAGGCGUACAUUUUAAAGAUUCCUGAUGAUUGCCUAUCAAUGAUUCUAAAAUUUCUUCCAUUGGCGGAUCAAGUCCAUUUCAAAAGUGUUUGCAAUCGCUUUCAUUCUGUAUAUCAGUUAACUGCACGAUCCAUACAUAAGUCGGUCGAUUGGGAAAAAUUGGAUGAUUUGACACUUUGGGAGUGUCGCGAAUUUUUUCGCAGUUCCGGGCCAUAUGUAACGGACUUGUAUAUUAAUUUGUACGCAAAAUACAGAAAUCGUUUGUUCAAAUAUUUUGGAAGGAAUUGCAUCAACUUGAAGUCUUUGGAACUUUUUAAUGUCCCAUUAAGUGCAGAGAUCAUGUUUCAAAUAUUUUCCACCACCAGUAAGUUGGAGAAUCUAAUACUAAAACUAUGUGACCUGACUGAUGAAAUGCUGUUAGCUUUGAAGAACUUGAAGAAUCUAAGAAAACUUGACCUUGCCUGGAAUUAUCUUCUCAGCGGUCUUCAUCUAGAAAAGCUUCCUGUCUCGAUUGAAAACUUGAACCUAAUGGACUGUAGAAGCAUUCAGUCAGGCCAUUUAAUUCAGAUGUGCAAGUCUUUAACCAAUCUAAGGGAACUGAACAUUGCUGGUUUUAAUUCCAAUCUUGCAAAGGUUUUUAAUUAUAUGGUUAAAAAUGGCUGCUGCCCUUUACUACAAACAUUGGACGUUUCCAUUGAUGGCCAAUAUGAAGACAUAGCCCAACUGCCUAAACUAAAGAGUAUUUACAUUCACGGCAUAUCAAGGAAAUUUAACGUUACCAAACUCUUUGAUCAACUGGUACUUUUUAAAUCCGAGCAAUUGGAAAAAUUAAAAAUUGAUGGACCCUUAACUUUUCCUAAGCAAACACUCAUGAAAAUUGCAAAGUUAAGUGGAUUGAAGACUCUAGUGAUUUGUGAUGGGCCCAACAUUGAUGAUGAAGUCUUGGACGCGUUUACCAACUUAAGAAAACUGGAGCACAUCGAACUAGCAUUCUGGGAUCAAGUUAACGAUUCUAACGUUUUGCGUCUGGUACUUGGAUGCCCGAAGUUGCAUGAGGUCAAACUUGAGUUCACAAAUUGUUCACAAAUAACUCAAAAGUUAUUAGACAAUAUUAUUAUCAAGAUUCCAAUUUACUACAAAAAAAAUGAGCGCAAGUUGCCCAUAACAAUUUAUGUUGACUCGUGUAGUAACCUACAGACUCCAGCAGCUCAGGAUAUAGUUAAGAUAAUACUAGACUAAAUGAUAAAAUAAGUUA